AUGUUAUUUGGCUUACCACAAGUUAGUAUAGACACAAUCAGAAAUGAAUUUAGAGAUGCCUUUAAUAUAGAACUGAUCAGCAUUAAAGAAAUUAUAACCACACGAUCAAGUCAAGACGACGCUUUAUACAUGUUGGAGUUUAGCCGAGAUCAGAUUACAAAACGAGAAGUGUUAAAAAUUAAAUACGUAUAUGGUAUUGUUGUUCACUGGAGAAAUCCCCAACGACGUCCAAGAGGUCCCACACAAUGCUCUAAAUGUGCAAUGUAUGGUCAUGGAUCUGCUAAUUGCUUCAGAACAAUAGCGUGCUUAGGUUGUGGCGGUGCACAUGAUUACUCAAACUGUCAACUCAACAAAACACCAACAGAUGGUCCAGUUAUUUAUAAAUGUUUCAAUUGUAUUAAAAGAAAGUUGAAAAACAUUAAUCAUCGUGCAGAUGAUCCUCAUUGUCCAUCACGAAAGGAAUAUCUCGAGAUUCGGCAAAAAGUUACUAAUAAGCGGCGUCCAGUAAGACCAAGGCGUUAUAGCGAUAUUGAAAUUUAUUCAUCAGAAGAUGAGCAGUAUGAGGCAAGAGGCAACGAUGUACCAACAACAUCCCAAAGAAUGUCAGGUAAAAGUGAAAAUAAAGUUUCAUAUGCUUCAGUAGCAAACACAAAACAUAGAACACAACAAAGUGAUAAUAUGUCGAAUGAACAAAUAUUAGAUAUAUAUUUCGAAGCCUUAGACGCUUUAGAAAAAUGCAAAAACAAGUACGAUAAAAUGAGGGUGCUUGGCAAUAUGCUUAGAUAUGUUAUAUAA